AUGUCAUAUUCGAGCUCUCAAAUAAGCGAUUCAGUAGCGCCUUACCGAGAUAUUCGUCGUGUUCGAUUUGGAAUCUUGUCUCCAGUUGAAAUAUUACGAAUGUCAGUAACAGAUAAACCUAUUAUACAUCCAGAAUUAUUUGAAAGAGGUACACGAAAACCAAAACUUCAAGGUCUAUCCGAUCCACGACAGGGACCAGUGGAUCGACAUUCGAAAUGUUUGACUUGUGCAGGAUCUUAUACCGAAUGUUCAGGACAUUUCGGCCAUAUAAAAUUGGUUAAACCUGUUUACCACGUCGGUUUUCUAGCAAAGAUAUUGAAAAUAUUACGAUGCAUUUGUUUUCGUUGUGGGAAACUAUUAAUUGAUCCAAACGAUCCGAAACUUCUACAGAUCGUUAAAAAUACAAAAAAUCAACGUCAUCGACGCUUAGAAUGGAUAGUUGCAGCAUGCAAAAGUAGAAAAAGAUGUCAAGGCUCAAAUUCGAUUCUCGAAGAAAUCAAUGAACUUGACAAUCAAUUUACAAAUCAUUCCAAUGGUUGUGGACAACUACAGCCAACUUAUCGCCGAUCAGGCGUAGGAAUAAUAAUGAAGUUGAAAGGAAGCGAUAACGAAAACCAAACAGAUGGCACACGAUUAACACCUGCACACGUUCUGGAAAUUUUUAAAUUAAUUCCUGAUUCUAUAUGUCGGAUACUUGGUAUGGAUCCUCAACACUCGCGGCCUGAGUGGAUGAUUUUGACUGUCAUACCAGUUCCCCCUCCAUGUGUUCGACCAUCCGUAUUGAUAUUUGGCGAAUCAUCUGCUCAAGAUGAUUUAACAUAUAUUUUGGCAAACAUUAUCAAAGCAAAUAAUAUUUUGCACGAAGACGAACAAAAUGGCGUCUCUUCGCAUAUCAUCGAUGAGCAUUGGACAUAUUUGCAAUAUUGUUGUGCAACAUUGAUCAACAAUGACAUUUCGGACAUACCGAAAAUGGCCCAUAAGACUGGUCGACCUUUGAAAUCAUUGUCAGAACGACUGAAAGGCAAAGAAGGUCGAAUUCGUAGUAAUCUAAUGGGCAAACGAGUAGAUUUCAGCGCACGAAGUGUCAUAACAGCUGAUCCUAACUUAGCCAUUGAUCAAGUUGGUGUACCGAAAUCGAUUGCGCAAAAUUUAACCGUUCCAGAAAUUGUCAAUCCGUUCAAUAGAGAAUGGCUACAGGAAAUGGUUUCAAGUCGCACCGCUAAAUAUAUUAUUCUUGAAAAUGGAGAUCGAAUUGAUUUGGGAGUUCGUACUUCUGAUAUCUCAUUACGCUGCGGAUGUAUUGUCGAGCGACCAAUGAUGGAUGAUGAUCUUGUUGUUUUCAAUCGACAGCCGUCGUUGCAUAAAAUGUCCAUGAUGGCACAUCGCGUGAAACUUUUGCCAUGGUCCACGUUUCGAUUGAAUUUAUCAGUUACAACCCCGUACAAUGCUGAUUUUGAUGGUGACGAAAUGAACCUUCAUUUGCCACAAUCACUAGAAGCUAAAGCUGAACUAUCCGAAUUAAUGACGGUUCCGCGCCUUCUCAUUACACCACAAUCUAAUCGACCAGUAAUGGGUAUUGUUCAGGAUUCAUUAACAGGUGUAACAAAAAUGACACGUCGUGAUGUCUUCAUUGAUAAAAGUGAUUUGAUGAACUUGCUCAUGCUUAUACCAUCAUGGGACGGUAAAAUUCCACAACCAGCUAUUCUUAAACCUAAAUCAUUGUGGACCGGAAAGCAACUUAUUUCGCUAUUACUUCCACGAGAGGUGAAUUGCGUUCGUACGUAUUCUGAGAGCGGACGUUUCGACUGGCUUUCGUCAAGCGAUACAGACAUAUUAGUUGAAAAUGGACGACUGCUCUCUGGUAUUUUAUGUAAACGAACACUAGGGGCAAGUGCAGGUUCGUUCGGACAUAUUAUCUUUAUGGAAUGUGGUUACAAAAUAGCCGGCGAGUUUUAUUCAUCGAUUCAAGUUUUAGUCAAUAACUGGUUACUGCUCGAAGGACAUUCUGUUGGUAUAACUGAUGCAGUUAUUGACGAACCUACUACGAAGAUGAUUCAAGAACAAGUCCAACAAAAUGAAUAUAGAGUACAACAAUUGAUUGAAGACAUUCGUAGCGGCCAAAUACCAUCAAAUUUGUCAUCGCGACGUCUAUUUGAAAAAGAGAUCAAUCGAAGUUUGAAUGAUGUGAAAGAUAAAGUUGGAUCACUUGCUCAGCAAUCGUUAUCGGAUUUCAAUCAAUUCAAAGCAAUGGUUACUAGUGGAGCCAAAGGUUCACCGAUUAAUAUCGCUCAAAUCAUUGCUUGUGUUGGCCAGCAAAACGUUGAAGGGAAACGCAUUCCAUUCGGUUUUCAACAACGUUCGCUACCACACUUCUUCAAAGAAGAUCAUGGCCCGAGAGCGCGUGGAUUUGUUGCAAAAUCCUAUUUGCAAGGUCUGACGCCUACAGAGUUCUUCUUUCAUGCCAUGGGCGGUCGAGAAGGAGUUAUCGAUACGGCUAUUAAAACAGCCGAAACCGGUUACAUUCAACGUCGUCUAGUUAAAACCAUGGAAUCGGUCAUGGUCAAAUACGAUGGAACAGUUCGGAAUCAGCAUGAACAGGUGAUUCAGUUCAUUUACGGCGAAGAUGGUCUAGCCGGAGAACAUGUUGAGUUUCAAAAAAUCAUCUCAUUGAAACCAUCUGAUAGUGUCUUUAAAGACCUAUGCAAAUUUGAUUUACCUGAUAAUGCGCAAGAUUUACAUGAAUUUUUAAACUCUCAUGUUAUCAAUGAUCUGUUCUCUAACGAUCAAUCUUUACAAAUCUUGGACAACGAAUGGAAUCAAUUAUGCCAGGACCGGCAACAUCUCCGAGAAUUAUUUCUCCAUGGUAUUAACUCACAAUUGAUUUUACCAUGUAAUAUAGACCGAUUGAUUUAUAAUGCACAAAAACUAUUCCACAUUUCUAAACGAACAAAAUCGGACCUUUCGCCAAUCAAAAUUAUCGAUGACUUAAAAAAUUUAAUUCAACGUUUGACCGUCGUCAAAGGUGCCGAUUCACUUUCACAAGAGGCUCAACAAAAUGCCAUUUUGUUGAUAAGUACUCUUCUUCGAUCAUCUCUUUGCUCACAGCAAGUUCUCAAAAACCAUCAUCUAACUAGCGAGGCUUUUGAUUGGCUGUGCGGUGAAAUCGAAACGCGUUUUCAACAAGCACAAGUUCAUCCAGGUGAGUGUGUGGGUGCACUCGCAGCACAAUCGCUUGGUGAACCAGCAACUCAAAUGACGUUAAAUACGUUCCAUUACGCUGGUGUCUCAGCAAAAAAUGUGACACUUGGUGUUCCUCGUCUUCGAGAAAUCAUCGGUGUUUCGAAAAAACCUAGAACACCCUCGAUGACUAUUUUUUUUAGUGAAGAAGUUGAAAAAGAUGUCGAGAAUUGUUUGGAAGUCUUAUCGAAUCUUGAGUGCUGUUACCUGAAGAAUAUCACUGUUAGCUCAAGUAUUUAUUAUGAUCCUGACCCAGCAAUUACCGUCAUUGAAAAAGAUCAAGAAUGGACGAGCAUUUAUCAUGAAUUAGCCACUGAAAAUCAUUCGCAGAGAUCUCCGUGGCUACUACGCAUUGAACUGAACCGACAGAAAAUGCAUCAGAAGAAAUUAACAACGGAGCAAAUUGCUGAAACAGUUACAGGCGCUCUUAACGGCUAUUACCACGUGAUUUACAAUGAUGACAAUUCAGAUGUACCUGUUCUACAUGUCAGACUUACUAGUUUAAUGAAAGAUCUUAUUGAUGAAGACAAUACGUCGGGAGAAAAUGGGAUUGAUAAAAUAGAUGAAGAUACUAAUCUUCAAUUGCUCAAUAGAGAAAUAUUACCGAGUUUAUUACUGAAAGGAUUUUCAUCAAUAUCGAAAGUAAAUCUCGUUGAAACAAAAGCGUUUCUCUCGAACACUUCAAAACAACGAUAUACUAUUUCGGAUAAAGGAUGUAUUGAAACAAUUGAUGAAUAUUGUGUUGUCACAGAUGGCUCUGCACUUCAAAAGGUUCUUGGCACAAAAUACAUUGAUCAUCGCCGAACGUUUACAAAUGACCUGGUCGAAAUUUUCGAAGUUCUUGGCAUCGAAGCUGCACGCUCAGCAACUCAAUAUGAAUUAAAGCAAGUGAUGUCAUUCGAUGGGGCUUAUGUCAAUGCCCGUCAUAUAUCUCUACUAUGUGAUAUUAUGACAACAAGAGGACAAUUAAUAUCAGCCACACGCCAUGGAAUUAAUCGACAAGGUCUUAGUCCAAUUAUGAGAUCAACCUUUGAAGAAACUGUCAGCAUUCUUAUUCAAGCAGCAGCACAUGCCGAACUUGAUCCAUUAAGAGGCGUUUCAGAGAAUAUUAUGCUUGGUCAAUUGGCUAAAAUAGGCACAGGCGCAUUUGAUGUUUUCCUAGACGUAAGAAAGUGCAAUUCAGCAAUGGAAGUACCCAGCACAAAUAUCGAUACAUUUCAACCAGUCACGAACCAAUUUUUGAUUGCUAACACACCGUGGACAGAAUCAAUAGCCACUCCAGCAUAUCAAAUAACUGAUUCUUCAACUAGAACAGCAUCUACACUAAACAUAAAUUAUCGGCACUCUCCAUCAUCGCCCAGUUAUACAUCAUUUCAAUCACCAAAUUCUUCGACAACACCGUCUUUCUACCGUCCUAUCAAUCCAUCGUAUACUUCAGUAACUAGCCCGGCUUAUUCAACCGGUCUAACGUCGCCAUUCUAUGAAUCGAGUAGUCCAGCAUACCAUCCAACGACUCCUGUAUACAGAUCAUCUCAAUCAAAUCCACCUUAUUCACCGAUGUACUCACCGACGUCGCCGCGAAUUAGCUAUUCAACUGCAACGUCACCAAUGUAUUCACCAACAUCACCACAAAUGUAUAGUCAAACGUCACCCAUUUACCGACCCAAUGUCGCUUCGCCUCUUUAUCCACAAUCGCCAAACUACACACUUCUAUCGAAUUCUUUUACUUUAAUUACAUAUGAAUCGAUUAGAAACAACGAGAAUUAUUUCAAUUUUACACAUUUGCAUGCUGCUUUCAAUCGUAGUACGAGCACAGCAGCAGCACCAAGACUGUGUAUUCUUGUACGUACAUAUGGUUCACAAAUUGGAUAUUUACCUGUUCUAGUUCUCUCGUUAUUUCAUUCACAUCUUGAAAAUGACCGUAUCUUGGUAAUAAACACGGAUAAUCGCACUGAUAUCCAACUUCUUAAUGAUACAAUUCGUUUUGUUAACACUUUAGUUGCUCGUGAAGAUUACGUUACUCUUCUUGAUUAUGGUUUACUUUCAGUUGGAGCAGACUUUGGAUAUUAUAUGACGGAUCACGUAUUGACAUAUCUGUACAACUCUUCUAAAUGGGACUGUCAAUAUAUUACUUUUACGAACGGUGAUAAUUUCUAUUCUCGAGUAUUUGGUAGUAAAAUUAUUCCGCAUAUGAAAGGUGGUAUGGAUAUUAUUGCAUGGGGAUUCGUAUCACACCAUUCUUGGCCUGAAUUUCAAGAGAUGACUGUUACUAAACAUCGUAGUGUACCGCAGAUUUUCGACGAUGGGAGUAAUAAGUGUAUCAGCGUGUCACUGAAAAGCUCUCGAGCUGAUUUAGGCGCAGCGGCAUAUCGAUUGACGUUCUUGAAACGACAUCAUCUGUUUUUUCGGGAUCUUCAUGGAAAAUACAGCUUGAAUUCUGAUGGAAUGUUUAUUCAAAGAGCAGCGAUGCUGACUAAUUCAUCUGUUCUACUUCGACAAACUUUAUUUGUGCAUCAAUGA